GGAGAUGUGCAUAAGAGACAGACUUCUGCCGGGAGUGGCGCCCCGGGCCCAGGGCGUUGCCAUCUACGGGGUUUUAAAAGCGGAAUUGUUCCUGUCACUCCGAGGUCUCCGACCUCCGCCUAAGAAAGCGUAGACACACCCCCAUAUGGCGGCUCCGGGUUCUGCCGGUCUUCCAGGCUGAUUUGCAAAGCUGGCGCCUGCCUGCGGGCUCUUUCCUGCCCCGGCACGGGCUUCCCGUGCAGGUGCAGCGCUGACGAUUGGGGCCGCCUCUGCACGCACCUGCAAUAGUGACCACUGGCAUAUGGUGGAGGGGAAGAGCGUCCUCCAGAAACUGCCCCGGCAUGGCUUGAGAUAUUGGGACCCACAGCUGGAUGAUGGCCGUUCGUGUGAGACCAUUGCCUCUUCCUUCCUCCCUCUUUGAGGCCAGCCAAGAGAAGGAUGGAACCGUUACCUGGGGAGUGGGCUUUCCGGGACCACCUGGAGGCUGCAGGCCACGUGUGUAUUCUGAAAGAUGCCUCCGACUUGGAAAGCUCGUCCGAAAUCGCCAAGCUCAUCGAGGCCGAGAGCCUGGAGGCAGCACUGGCCCUUCAUCUGUACAGAGGAGGCAGACUUCUGCAAGGUCACGGGAUUCCCUUUGGAAUCAUCUUCGGUGGAACCGAUUUAAAUGAAGAUGUUAACCAUGGAGAGAAGAAGAAAGUGAUGGGGAAAGUCCUGGAAGAAGCCAGAUUUGCCGUCGCCUUCACAGAGUCAAUGAAGGAAAUGGCACAAACACAGUGGCCGCAUGCUAGGGGUAAGAUCUAUGUCCAGAGUCAAGGAAUCGUGACAGGACCAAACUCUGCCUUUAACUGGAACACCUUUCUUCGCCAGUCAGGGAUUAACCAAAGUGCUGAUAAUUUACACAUCUUCCUCCUGGUGUGUGGGCUGAGACAAGUGAAGGACCCUCUCUAUCUGGUGGAUGCGUUCUCAGAAUGGCAUCGAGAAGAGCCUAAUGUUUACAUGGUGAUCGUGGGUCCUGAAGUGGACCCAGUGUUUACAAGGGAAGUGGGAGCCAGAGUAAAGAGGGCUGCGGGCGUGCGGCUGAUCCGAGAGAUGCCCCAGGGGGACCUACACGCAGCGCUCAAGAACUGCUUCGCGGUGGUGAACAGCUCAGUCUCCGAGGGCAUGUCUGCGGCCAUCCUGGAGGCGAUGGAUCUGGAAGUUCCCGUGCUGGCCAGGAACAUCCCCGGGAACGCGGCAGUGGUGAAGCAUGAAGUCACAGGGCUGUUGUUCUCAGACCCUCAGGAGUUUGUGCAGCUGGCAAAGAGACUGGUCAGCGACCCCACACUAGAGAGAGAAAUCGUGGCCAACGGAAGGGAGUACGUGAGAGCGCGUCACUCGUGGCAGGCAGAGAGAUGCACCUAUCAGAACCUCAUCAGGACCCUCGAGGGAAGCAUCCAGGACUAAGGGCGCUCGCCUGGUGCCCUCACGCGCCCGCCUGUGGCCGCCGCCAGAUGCGCGGCCCCGGGCAGAUACCCAGAGACAGAGCUCUGGGCCACCGGGUCCAUCCCAGGACAAGUCACACCAGUUUUAUCGGAAUCCUAGAUAAACAACAUCAGUUAUAAGGGAGAACCGCAUCCGGAUGUCUGUGCUUCCAGAUAAUAUCCCGGAUGUGUUUACAGAUCGGUCCUGAUGGAGACGCGGCAGCUCCUG